AUGAAGGCCUUCAUCGAGGAUCCCAAAAAAAUGGGCGCUACGGCACUUACAACGACAAUAGACAUCGAUGCUUAUCUCAGAAGGUUCUGGGAACUAGAGAGCAUACAACGCAAAGCAGAAGUCCAACCUGAAGAUGAGGAGGUGGAGAAACACUUUCGUGCAACACACACUCGAGACGAACAAGGCAAGUACAUCGUGGAACUUCCGUUUAAAGUAUCCGAAACACAAUUCGCAGAUACACUUCAAGGAGCGCUGCAGAGGUUCAAAUCAGUUGAACGACGUUUGGCACAAAAUCAACAAUUACGUAACGACUACGUGAAAUUCAUGAGGGAAUACCAGGAGCUAGGACAUAUGCGAGAAAUCUCACCGCUCGAAAUUCCUAAGGGUAGGAAUUUCUACUUGCCACAUCAUCCCGUAUUGGGUCGGAAACUUAGAGUGGUUUUCGACGGCUCAUAUCAAGACGCCAAAGGCAUGGCAUUAAACGACACGCUCUCGAUCGGACCGAGUAUUCAGCGAGACCUGUUUGCUGUGUGCUUGCGAUUCCGUAUGUACAAAUACGUCUUUUCAGCGGAUAUAGUCAAGAUGUUCCGUCAAAUCUGGGUGAGCGAAAAACAUAGAGACUAUCAGAGAAUCGUAUGGAGAGAGGAUCCGUCAGAUCCUAUCAAGCACUUUCAACUAUGCACGGUGACGUAUGGAACAUCAUGCGCACCAUUUCUAGCAGUCAGAGUGGUAGAGCAACUCGCUGCUGACCAUAAGCACGAGUUUCCGAACGCAGCAAAAAUCGUGUUGGAGGACUUCUAUGUCGACGACGUUCUCACUGGAGCAAAUAGUGAGGAUGAGCUGCUACGCAACAGGGACGAACUGGUCCAACUGAUGUCCUGUGCUAACCUGGAGCUCGGGAAGUGGGUAUCGAAUACCAAACGCAUCAAACCAAAGGAUAACACGGAUUCCUCACAAUCACCAGUCAAAGUGCUAGGGCUGCAUUGGCACCCUGGAGAGGACACAUUGUCGUACAAUGUAAACCUAUCGAAAGACCCUCGCUGCACCAAGAGGCAAGUGUUGUCGGAUGUCUCACACAACUGGCUCAAAUGGCGAGCUGAUCUGGACAACCUUCACAAGCUCCAGAUACCACGCUUAGUUAAAAGCGACACACAGAAAAUCGAAUUGCACGGAUUUUCAGAUGCAUCCACCAAGGCGUACUCAGCGGUGGUAUACAGCCGACUGGUUAACGACGAUGGAACCAUUUCGGUCGCCAUACUUGCAGCAAAAACAAGAGUGGCACCUUUGAAGCAGCAGUCUUUGCCUCGCUUGGAACUAUGUGGCGCACUUCUGCUGAGUCAACUUCUGCAAUCCAUAAAAGCUGGACUAAUGAACAACGACGUAACGAUCUACGCAUGGAGUGAUUCGACGAUAGUCCUAUCAUGGUUAUCGUAUUUACCAGCCCAACUCAAGACGUUUGUUGGGAACCGCACUUCAGAAAUCCUCGAAACCAUUCCGAAGCAUGCAUGGCGGCAUGUAGACUCAAAAUCGAACCCAGCGGAUUGCGCAUCCCGUGGCUUGGGAGUAUCCGAGCUCAUUGACUUCCAAUUAUGGUGGAAGGGUCCUUCAUGGCUGAGGGACAAGGAUCAAUUCUUGGUGAAAUUGAAUAAUACUCACAACUGUACUUCUCUUUCAGACAAACGCAUACAAGGCGAAGUCAAAAGUAACUGCCUAGCUGCGCAGACGACUGUCACGACGGACAACCCAUGGGAUAAGCUUCUCAAUCGCAACUCAUCUUGGCUGAAGCUUAUACACACACUUGCUUACGUUUUGCGCUUCAUUCAUCGCAUGAAGCACCCAUCUUCGAAACAAACAUCGAACUCUCUAUCGUUCGAUGAGAUCAAGGCAGCAAGGAUUCGAUGGCUGCAACACGCUCAAGCUGGUUUUCAACAGGAGUUCCAGUUGCUACGCGCAAACAAGGCUCUAGGGAACCAAUCUCAAUUGGUCAAGCUCUCACCAAUCAUCGACAAGGACAACCUGCUAAGAGUGGGUGGACGAAUCCAACAUUCACAGUUGUCAGCAGAGGCGAAGCAUCCUAUUUUGCUUCCAAAGAAUCAUCGGAUCACAUAUUUGAUCAUUGAACAUGAGCAUCGUUUUAAUUUGCAUCCUGGAGUCUCAUCUCUCUUCGUCAUUGUUCGACAAAGGUAUUGGAUUUUCGGUGCACGAAAUUUAAUACGCAAAAUUACACACAACUGCCUGGCUUGCUUUCGGCAAAGGUACAACACAAUGCAUCAACGUAUGGCAGAUUUACCGAGCGUACGUAUCACGCAAGCACUUCCGUUCGUAAACACCGGAUGUGACUAUGCAGGACCCAUUCUUCUAAAGGACGCAAAGGUGCGUAAACCACGCAUCAGCAAGGGCUACAUAUGCCUAUUCGUUUGUAUUGUCACUUCGGCGAUCCAUCUUGAACUCGCCACGGACUUAUCCACGGAAACAUUUCUGGCGGCGUUGCGACGAUUUUUCUCGAUACGAGGCAAAUGCAACCGAAUGUACAGCGACAAUGGUACAAAUUUCAUCGGAGCGAAGCGAUCCCUCGAUGAAAUGCAGCAACUCUUAAGUUCGUCUCAACACAAAGAUCAAAUCGUGAACACCCUUGCAGACGAAGGGAUUCAAUGGACAUUCAUCCCACCACGUGCUCCGCAUUGGGGAGGAAAGUGUGAAUCUGCAGUUCGAUGCGUAAAACUGCAUCUUCGACGAGUCAUUGGAAACACCACCCUGACAUAUGAACAAAUGCGCACCUUUCUUGCGCAAAUUAGCGCUGUCGUGAACUCACGACCCCUAUGCUACACCUCAGAUACAGAUGACACCUAUCUAUCACCAGCCCAUUUUCUCAUCGGAAGACCAUUCACGACAAUACCGGAGGCAGAUCUUGGCCACAUUCCUGUGGGCCGACUGGGAUACUGGCAGAGUAUCCAAUCCAUGUAUCAAGGCUUCUGGAAACAAUGGCUUCAGGAGUAUCUGACAAGUCUACAGCAACGUCCUAAGUGGACCACGACAACCCCUAACAUUUUGAUCGGCAGCGUUGUGCUCGUCAAGGAGUCCAACACACCACCAGCAUCAUGGCAUUUAGCGAAGGUGAUCGACACUUUCCAAGGAAAGGACAAUAUGGUUCGAGCAGUCAGGAUCAAGAUGGCAGCAGGAGAAGUGACCCGGCCAAUAACUAAAAUUGCGAAACUACCCAGUUCAGAAACCGUGUUUCAGGGUGGCCAGGGAUGUUUAGGAACUAUCGAAACCUAG